AGCAGCUGCGGCGCCCCAUCAACGCCGACGUUUACCGAGACUUUCCGGGAUAAUAAUAACAGAGAGGGAGGCGUCCGCUGCGGUACUCGGCGUGGCCCGUUGGCCGAGGUGAAAUAAAAGACGAGCAUAGAUAAUAUUGUGAGGAAAAGACUAUCGGGAGGAGCAGGACGUGCAGGAGGGCGGGGGGAGAGCAGCAGCAGCAGAAAGGAUGGAGAGGGAGUGAGACCCGGAUGCUGAUGCGAGUGAGUGGGGCGAAGGAAGGAAGGAAGGGGAGAGAGAAAAUAUCGAUUUACGGCAAGAAAACGGAGUAUCAUACCAGGGGCCUUUGCCUCAACUAUUAUCCGAAGCGAAAAAGGGCGGAAAAGGGGGUUUUGCUUGUGUUUUCUUCCACCUGUGCAGCCGCCGAGCAGCAGCAGGAGGAGGAGGAGGAGGAGGACACGCCGAGGAAGGAGGAGAGAGGAGAAGAUGCUGUGAUGUGCUACUUGCAGUGAUGUAGGGAGGCAGGGAGGGGGACGACUACGCUAAAAGAUGCUUGUCUGGCGAGGGAUAUGCGUUUCACGUCGAAAUAUCGUGGGGAUGUGGCGGCCGUGUGAUGAAAACGACCAUUUAGCGAUGCCCAGAAAGUUGAGGCGGUGUGGGUUUUUCUGACAGGCGGUGCGUGAGAGCUAGCCCGAGCUGGCUACAAUAGCAUGUAGUUGCACAUGUAAAAGAGGCCCGGCCGACACUCAAAUACACUGGUUAUUCUUUCGGCGUCAACAUUUACUGUGUGCAUUGAGGCGUUUUCUGCAAAUACUUGAGCAGCACAUGGCGUGAACCGUGAAAAGCUGCUCAUUUCAAGGUUUUUCCUCCCCCAUUAACGCUGUACAUGUGACAAGUUAUACAAAAUAAGCUCAUAUAUUGAAGUAGUUUGCCUUCUCAUGUUUAUCUUUAGGGUAGUGGUCAGUAUUUAAUGCUUAAAAAAACAGCUUUGCACCUUAUUGUCAUCUCAAUUUCUCUGCUUUAAUGCAUCAUUAGCAAGCUGUUAUGUUAAAUAUUAAUGUCAUGCUUACCGUGGUCCGGAUAAAACCCCAAUAUCUAGCUUGGUUCAUGUGAACAACCUUCAUCUGGGCAUCCAUGUGUUGUAGAUACGUGCUUUUACAUGUUACAUGUUAGUAAAUUCAGAAUAGCUGUGUUAAUCCCUGAAAUAAAAGGCUGUCCCUCCAAGUAGAGCAUCGUCUUGUAAUCCACCCAGAUCUUCUGUAUAAGCUGUACAAUAUCACAUUAAUUGCAAUAAUCACCCUGCAGUAUUAGUUAUAUUGGUGUGUUUAGCCUCCAGUCAGAGCAAUAUGAGUAAGGAACUGUCUCUGAGUCAGUCAGCUCAAUAUGUUGGGCCCUAUCGACUGGAGAAGACUCUUGGGAAGGGACAGACAGGACUGGUCAAGCUGGGCGUCCAUUGCAUUACGGGUCAGAAGGUAGCGAUCAAAAUAGUCAACAGAGAGAAGCUGUCUGAGUCAGUCCUGAUGAAGGUUGAGAGAGAGAUUGCCAUUCUAAAGCUGAUUGAGCAUCCGCAUGUGUUGAAGCUGCAUGAUGUUUACGAGAAUAACAAAUAUCUGUACCUGGUGUUGGAGCAUGUGUCAGGGGGAGAACUCUUUGACUACCUGGUGAAAAAGGGUCGGCUAACUCCGAAAGAAGCCAGGAAGUUCUUCAGGCAGAUCAUCUCUGCUUUGGACUUCUGCCACAGUCAUUCCAUCUGUCACAGAGACCUGAAGCCGGAGAACUUGCUCCUGGAUGAAAAGAACAACAUUCGUAUUGCUGACUUUGGCAUGGCCUCCCUACAGGUGGGGGAUAGUCUUUUAGAGACCAGCUGCGGAUCGCCACAUUAUGCCUGCCCUGAAGUUAUACGGGGGGAGAAAUAUGAUGGACGAAGAGCAGACGUGUGGAGCUGUGGGGUCAUCCUGUUUGCCCUACUGGUGGGUGCCCUGCCUUUUGACCAUGACAAUUUGCGCCAGCUACUGGAAAAGGUGAAGAGCGGGGUGUUUCACAUGCCCCACUUCAUUCCUCCUGAUUGCCAGUCCUUGCUCAAAGGCAUGAUUGAGGUCAACCCUGAGAAGAGGCUCACACUAGAGGCCAUCCAGAAACAUCCCUGGUACAUUGGUGGUCGUAAUGAGCCAUGUCCUGAGCAGCCUCCUCCCAGGCGAGUGUGUGUGAGGCGAAUCUUGUCCCUGACUGAGCUGGACCCAGAUGUGUUGGACAGCAUGCACUCGCUAGGAUGUUUCCGAGACAGAGUUAAGCUUACACGUGAUUUGCAAUGCGAAGAAGAAAACCAGGAGAAAAUGAUCUAUUACCUACUGCUGGACAGGAAGGAGCGCUACCCGAGCUAUGAGGAUGAGGACCUGCCUCCACGCAAUGACGUAGCGGACCCUCCUCGAAAGCGUGUUGAUUCUCCGAUGCUGACGCGCCAUGGCCGCUGCCGUCCUGAGAGAAAAAGCUUGGAAGUGCUAAGUGUUACUGAGCAGGGGUCUCCUACCCCGCCCCGCAGGGCUCUGGAUACAGCUGCACACAGCCAGAGGUCUCGCUCAGUCAGUGGAGCUUCCAGUGGUCUCUCCUCGAGCCCUCUCAGCAGUCCCAGGUCCUAUCAGAGCCCCGUCUUCACUUUCAGCCAAUCAGAUGUCACUUCUGCCACCGCUUCCCCCCUUACAAAGGAGUCCAGUAAAGGAGCUACCACCACUCCUCGCUCAGCAGCACGGGCUCAAGACAAGCCCAAAGCUGCUCCCGCCAACCCAAAGACCCAGACCUUGCCCAACAAGGGACCCACCGACCGCCCUCAUCUGCAGCCCAUCAAAUCUCUGCCUCUGCACAACCCAUCCUCCCGCUCACCCUCACCUUCCCCGCUCCUUUCACCAAUCCCCCGAUUCUUCUUCCCUUCGUCCUCUGUCCUGAAGUCGGUGACUAAGAGCUUCUACCCAAACUCUGCCCACUCUGUGCCGCAGGUCACCCCCCAAGGCUCUCCGUUGCCCACACCUUUGGGCACCCCUGUCCACCACCCUCACCACCCUUCCUCUACCCCGCCCUCCUCUUCCUCAUCCUCGUCCUCCUCGCGGGCGGAGGGGGGAGGAGGUGUGGGCUCGCUGUCGUUGACGCCGCCCUCCAGCCCGGGAGGGGGAAGCGGCAUGGCGGCCAGCAGCUCUGCCCACUGGAGAACUCGCCUCAAUUCUUUCAAGAACAACCUGCUCGGCUCACCCCGGUUCCAUCGCCGUAAACUACAAGUUCCUACAUCAGAAGACAUGUCCAGUCUAACACCAGAAUCCAGCCCGGAGCUGGCUAAGAAGUCGUGGUUCGGAAAUUUCAUUGGCUUGGAGAAAGAGGAGCAGAUCUUUGUGGUGAUCAGAGACAAACCUUUAAGUUCUGUCAAAGCUGACAUUGUCCACGCUUUCCUGUCAAUCCCGUCUCUCAGCCACAGCGUCCUGUCUCAGACCAGCUUUCGGGCCGAGUACAAGUCCUCCGGCGGUCCCUCCGUCUUUCAGAAGCCCGUCAAGUUCCAGGUGGACAUUGCUUUUUCCGAGGGCGAGAGGGAGAGGGAGAGGGAGAGGGCAGAGAGGGAGAGCAGGAGGGAGACCGGAAUCUACAGCGUGACGUUCACUCUUAUAUCAGGCCCGAGUCGCAGGUUCAGACGAGUGGUGGAAACAAUUCAAGCUCAGCUUCUCAGCUCUCAUGACCAGCCGCUGGUGCAAGCCCUAUCUGAUGAGAAGAACAGCCGGCCCCACGGGACCCCCACCCGCCAAAACUCGCGGCGCUCUGAGGGUGGGGGAGACAGGUGCGACUGGGGAGACCGAGCUGAUGGAGGAGGCAUAGGAGGCAGUGGAGGAGUUCUGCAGCGCAGAGGUUCAGCAAAAGAGAGAACCCGACUGCUGUCCUCUAACGGAACCCAAUCCCAACCGUAGGAUAGAAAGUGAGACCAUGCUGCAGGAUGCCUGAACAACACAAGAAAAUAAAUAGUAGAACUUCAUUUACAAGUAUCCCUGCAAGCCAUGAGCUACUCUUAUUCUUCCUUGACUAAGUUAUUGAAGUUGCUUGACUAUAGCAAGGAUUGAGCCUUUCCCCCUCAUCAUGCAUUUUAUUUCAACUCAACAUUCUCUUGAUCUUUUGGAUCACCAGGAGUCCUACCCUUAGAUGAGAAAAGAGUUUUGAGGAACCAGCCUUUAAUGGAAAAAAAAAAUACAUGUGAAUGAGGUUUGGGUAUCCAUCCAUCAUAGACACAACUUCACAGAUUGAACUGAAUUUUGAAGUGCUAUGUGCAUGCCAGUAAGCAAACCAGCCUGCUAAAGGAUGCCGACAUGACCAGAUAGGCUAGUUUACCAUAUCAUUGUAAUACAGUAUCUGACACCAAAAAGAAGUAGUGGUCUUGUAAUGGUUCUCAAGAUUACUCUUUAAAUUAACCAGUGCUCUCAUAUCACUAUCAAGCAACAUGCAUAUACUAGUCCACACUGAAAGAAGUAUAAAUGCAUCUCAGCAGAUGAACCUAAAGAAUUAGCAACAUGCUACCACCUGAGUGAGUUGUGACGAGACGAACAAACGGUCCUGUUUUUUUCUCAAGAAAAACUGCAUCCUGGAAUUUCACCAGUGUCAUCUCUUGAGGUAAAGGAAACAUGUAAGCUAAGUAAGUGAAUGUGAAAAAAAUAACUGUUUUUAUUUAUGUUUAUGUGUUUCAUUUGAGGAUGUCAGUAGCACAGUAACUAAGGACAGCAACUAAAACACAAUGUUUGAAAGGAGAAGAUUAUCCGAUGCUUGUUGGCAAACACUCAUUUUGAGUUAAAUUAUAUUUUUUUUAAUCUGUUAUAUUUUCGUUUUAAUCAAAGACAAUAUGAAACAAUGCAGCUAAGAUUUUGCAUGGGACCCUCAUUACUCUGAAGAAAUACGCUUGAUUUGAACGGAAAUAUGAACACUACUAUAAGAAAAAACGUGAUGUGUGAAUACGUCCUUGAAGCUCAUCAGAGCGGUUUGUGCUCAGACUGAAUGAGACGAGUGUUACCGGCCUUUGGAUCAAACAGAAACCAUCUUUCUUGUCGAACUUGUCUCCUGUUUCCAUAGUCUUCACAUUCUGACUUCUAAGAAAAAGGACAAAAAAAAAAAGAACAUUUAUCAAUGAUCAGUGGACAUUUUCAUAAUGACGGACUUAAAAUGCUUGCAGUGUCAAUUCAAAAAUGGGAUGCAAGCAUCUCCCAACGCUUCAUUCCAGUGUUCACCAAUAAGCCAAGUAGUCCAUCACUGCACCCGCGCUCAACACUGAGUAUUACAGCAUUCUGCGAACAGACGUAGCACCUUGGAUAUUCACGUGCUACUCCAGUACUCUGUCAGACUAGUCAGUGUUGUUCACCAGUCUUCCAUACAGCACAAUAUGCAACAAAUGUGCAGGAUGUUGUCGGAAAGAUACACAGUAAUACAAUAGCUGUGUGUAGGUUAACCAAUUUUUUGUUAGUAUUUCUCUUGACUUGUUUAUUUAUUUAUUUAUGUAUUUAUUUAUUUAUUUAUUUAUUCAUUUAAUACAAAAGAAAUGCUUUGAUAGCAGUGCUAAUAAGUCUCUCAUCUUCUGUUUUAUGUGAUAUUUGUCCGUAUCUCACAUCCGUUUUCAUCGUGCAUAUCUCUGGUUACUGGACUUUGUGUGUGGCAUGAUUGAUGACUGUGAAAUGGACAGGGAGCUGAAAACUUUGCAGCAGUUGUAUUUUUGCGCUGAUUGCGUGCAGAGAUGUUGCCCAACCCAGUAAUAUCCAAUCAGUUAUCAAAAGACAAACCCCUAAGAGGCACAGAAUUUCUCACACACAUCGAAUGCUUGCUAAUUCGCCUCAUCUCUUGCUUUCAUGCCUACUCCCUUUGGCCUGCCUGUCUGCUUCCUCACCUCUGUUGUGUAGCCAUCGUCACAAAGAAAAUGUACAAAGUUGUUUGCUUCACUGUCCCUACACAAUUUAUGAUUGCUCACCUUCAUCACUUUCAUCUGUCACAUCCCUUUCACUUUCAUUGACCCAACUCUGGCUAAGAUUGUAAACUAUUCUCCAUUCAUAAGGGUCAGUAGAAUAAGGUGUUUAAAAAAAAGAAAUGUCUGUAUCAUAAUUUAAUUAUAAAAAGUGCACUAUUAUAACUAUUGCCUGUGAUUAAAAAAAAAAGAACAAUUAUGAUUGAACUGAUGGUCAAAAUAAAGAGAGAUCCACCUUAUUGUUAUGA